CUAUUAUUACUCUUUGUGGUGAGUAGUGGCCAAAAUUCCAUCUUCCAAAGCUUAGUUACUUUGAGUUGUGUCCUCAUGGGAAUUCAGAAACCCGCAUGGUUGGAUGCGCUUUACGCAGAGAAAUUCUUCGCAGGAUGUCCAUACCAUGAGACGGCAAAGAAGAAUGAGAAGAACGUGUGUUGUCUCGAUUGUUGCAUCAGUCUAUGCCCUCACUGUGUACCCUCGCAUAGAUAUCACAGACUCCUUCAGGUUCGCCGCUAUGUGUAUCACGAUGUUGUUCGGCUUGAAGAUCUUCAGAGACUCAUCGACUGCUCUAACGUUCAAGCUUAUACAAUAAAUAGCGCAAAAGUAGUGUUCAUCAAGAAGAGACCACAAAAUAGACAAUUCAAAGGAGCUGGCAACUAUUGCACUUCAUGUGACCGAAGUCUUCAAGAACCUUUUAUCCAUUGCUCCUUGGGUUGUAAGGUGGAGUUCGUGAUGAAAAGUUACGGGGACAUUACUCCAUUCCUGAAGCCAUGUCACUCUCUUACCCUAGGUCCAGACUACAUCAUCCCACAAGAUUUACUAGCAGAUGAUGAUAUGGCUGCCUACGAGACUCCACGAUCAACGGUCGUGGAUGGUGAUGAGUCCAUGAGCUGGUCGUCGACUUCAUCCGAACUAAGAGACGCUGCAACUACCACCCACGUCGUUAGAAAAAAGCGAACCGGUUUCUGCUUCUGUGCCAAAUCGGCUAAUAGUUAUAAAGCAGUUUCGGAGGAUCCUGACGAUAUCUCAGCCUGCAUCAAUCGGCGCAAAGGCAUUCCUCAACGAUCUCCUCUCUGUUAA